CUAUCUCGGCUUUGGACCAAAUGACAUCAAGCUGGUGCCCGCUGCGGGAGCCCUGUCCAUAUCCAUCCAAAAGACAUGGACUCUGAACCCCGGCGCGCCCUUCGUGGGCUCCAGCGUGCUCCAGUUUGCACUGGUGUUGUCCCAGAGCGGCGCUAACACACAGUUUGCCGCCAAGGCUGACUUUACUGGCGUCAUGCGUCUGUCAUUCUUAGAGCCCACUGACAUCACCUUCUCCAUGGGUGCCACGGUGGCCUAUGAUACGACAGCACCACCACCAGGAGUUUCAUUUGGCCUUCGCGCCUCCGUUAGCGCUGCACCUGGAGCCCCGUUCCGUAUUGUGGGCUUCCCUUGGAUUUCCAUCAAUUAUAUCGGCGCCUCAGUAGCCCUCACGCCAACGGGUGUAGUGCCAUUCGUGUUGCUGCGAAGCUUUGAUUUUGAGGCCAGCGGCAGCAUCCUGGACGUUGCCAUUACGGUGGCAGUGACUUUUGAUCAGCCGAAAGGCGACUUCGGCAUUCUUUUCACCCUCGCCAACCUGGAUUUGCAGCGCAUGCUAAAUGCAAUUGGAGUGAAUGCGAAUCUAGGCCCCUUCAACGUCGUUGUUAGCAACGCGGCCUUCUCUUUCGCACGUCAAGAUGUUCGGACCAUGAGCAAUACUGUCAUCCCGGCUGGGCUGCGCAUUAAGGCAAACCUGGUAUGGCUCACCAUCCCAUUCAGCUUUGAGACCGUGGUUUCGACUGACGGCUUUAUCCUCGAUGUUUCAGCGUCGCAAGUCACGAGUGCACCCAUCUUCCAGGGCGUAUUUAAUGCCGUCCAGAGUGUUCUAGACACCCUGAGCAUCAACGUCAAGAUUCGCGACCUGUUCCAGUUAAACUAUGUGCGCAUGUACUUGGUCAUGAGGAAGUCACAGGUUGCCUUCAAGUUCAGCCUACAAGCAGUCGUGCUUGGUGUUACCAUCAACAUCAACGAUGUUGGCUUUGACAUCACCAAACCUGGGGAGUUCUUCACCAACCUACUCAAGGAAGAGGUGCUCAAGCCGCUGACAGCUGCGUGCACCAAGAACACCAUUCCGCGUGGGAGCUCUCCUAUCGACUCGUGCCCAGCGGGCCAAGAAAAGCAGGGCGCGCUUUGCUACCCCCUGUGCCCAACUGAUUGGCAGUACGGGUCGUACGGCAAGCUCAGCAUUUGCUACCAGAACUGCCCUCCAGGCUACAGGGAUGACGGCGUUGACGGUACCGGCCUCACGUAAGCAAUUGUGGAUGCAGCGUCAUUUUGCUGCUGACCAGCACGGAACAAGGUAGCAAAUCCAGAUACACUUGCAAGGCGCCAUUUGCUUACUCACCAUAUCACGGACGCAUGUGAUAUUCUGUGCAGAUGCUCUAGGGUGGGGUGCAACGCGGAUGAGAUUCAAGACGGCCUCAUGUGUUACAAAAAGUGAGUAUGAUUGAGUACUAUCUACAGCUGUCUCUCCUGUUCAUCGUUGCUUGUUGUGCACUGAGUGCUGUGCUGAGACGCGCUGCCUGGGCCACAUCUACAUACCGUACAGGUGCGCUGACGGCUACGACUACAUUGCCUCGAGGUGCGUUGCAUAUGAUAUCUGAAUGGGCUGUUGAGAAGCACUAGAAACAUACAGAACACAGUCGGCGGGGGUGUGCUGCGUCGGAUGAACUGACUCAUGUGCAUGGCUAUGUAUGCAUGGCAAUUCAAUGACUGCUGAGUACAGGUGCUACAAGCGCUGCCCUGGUGGAUGGUACAAUGACGCCACCGGUCUCAGCUGCCAGACAAACACUUGCAACGGAGACGAAGACAAUGGAGCAGGAUGGUACGUAAUACGUACGUUCAGCCGCCAAACUCUGUGAAGCUCCCCUUGCACUUUGAAGUCAGCCCAAGAACCGUGCUUUACUCACGAGGCACGCUAUAUAUGGGAUGCACCGUAAACUUUCCCAAUGCCUGUGCAGGUGCUACCCGCAGUGCAGUUCGGGCUACUGCUCAAACAGACUUACGAUGUGCAUCCAGUGCGGCUGCCCAAGUGGCUGGCGUGAUGACGGCGUGUCAUGCUGGUGAGACAUGCUGCUGGUGAUGAAUGCAUAUAUGUGCAAAGCUCGUGGCUGGAUACAAUGUACAUACGGCCGAUGUACACGCGCUCCAUAUUAUGCACACAUGUUAUCUUGGUAGCUUGUCUCAGCCGCCUUGACAUCGAUCCCUGUGUGCAGGCUGGACUUCCAUUGGUAUGGCAAGGGCUGCUGCUGCGUCUGCUUCUUUGGCUGCAGCUGCUGCAACAUUGGGUGAGCGAGAACCUUAUGCUUGCUUGGUUAGAGUUCUGUCCGUGUAGUACGUAGGUUUUCGUACGUCGGGUCGUAAAUUUAGUGAACUAAUGGAGCAGACAGCGUUAUGGGGUCCCCAUCACCCGCCUGCUCGUACCCUAUCCAUUUACCUCCCAGCUAUUUAUUACGGGUGCGUGUGUGCGUUUCAGGUGUAACCCUGGCUACCGCGAGGAGAAUGGAUGUGGCUGCGCGCGUGACGCACAGAUGUACUUCAAGUCUACUUACGACCGAGGAGUGGGAUAUCCCAGUGAGUUAAUUUAAGGUUCAGAGGGCAUAUCAUACUUGCAGCGCCUGCUUCCAGUGGAUGGGGAAGACGAUUGUGGAUGGGCAAUACUCGCAUGCAUCAUCGCCAUAAAUAGCUCGAGGUGUAAUCCUAUUUUAUU